GACAGAGAGAGGGAGGGGGGGCGUUGUCAUCGAGAUGUCCUUGGUCUGAGCUCGGGGGGGAAUGAGCGUGCAGUUCGGACUGAAGAGAAUCAGACGUGCAGACGUUCACAGCAGACUCUGGACUUCACGAAUAUCAGCUGAAAAAACUGUGGGUGAAAAUGGGCACAUCAACGGUACUGUUUGGCCUAGCCCACUUCACGAGUCUAUUGGCUGCAGCUGUGAUGAGUCAUGAGGGGGCGUGUCUGCAGGAUGGGAGACACAAGGCCACGCCCAGUCCAGAGCCCUAUCUGAAGGAGUGUUCCCUCUACAGCGAGAAUUCAUGUUGUUCAGAAUUUGAUAUUCUGGAUCUUUCUGGUUUUGUGUCCGGUGUGGAGAACUCUUUUUGGGAUGAGUGUGGUCUUCUGAGCCCUCUCUGUGAGUCUUUCCUGAGGCGAGUUGUUUGCUUUUAUCGCUGUUCACCCGAUGCUGCUCGUUGGCCACACCCACAACAUGACUCCUCCCUGAAGGCGGUGCCGCUGUGCCACAGCUUCUGUAGAGAUUGGUACAAGGCCUGUAAAACAGACAUGACGUGUGCUCGAGACUGGACCACUGAUCCACGUGGACAGAACUGCACUGGUAGCUGUGUACCAUAUCAACAGAUGUAUCAGCAUGGGCGAGAUCUCUGUGAGAGUCUGUGGAGCGACGCUUUUAUGACUGUCGAAGAUGAUCCCGGUGAGGAAGACGGAGUCGAAGGUCAUAGCUGUGGCUGUCUGACCCUUAGCCCCUCAGAUCGGGAGGUAAUCGCAGCCCUGAGGGUUCAGGAGAAUGACCCAGAAGAACUGGACACCACUAAGAGUGCCGUGUGGCAGUACCGAGCUCCCUGCCCCCCCACGCAGCCUCAAACACACAGCGACACAGUGCCACCACAGGCCCGGAGGAGCAAUGACAUCACAGUGCUGAGGAAACGCUCCGUACUGGCAAGUGAUACAGAGGGUAGCGGAAGUGGCUUCUAGAACCCGUCUGUUCUAGAUUGGUUUUCUUGAUCUGCUGAAUGAUUUAAUGUUGUGGAAUACAGCGUAAAAACCUCUAUAAAUGUAGGUCAGGCUUUGACAGUCCUCUGAAUAACUCAACCCCACAUUAACUCAUUCAACCACUUUUAAAAAUGGUUUACUUCAUCUUUGAGCAUCAUUACAUAUAUCAAACUGUUGUAAACUAGUGUUCUACGGUUUGCACAGUUAUUCUACAGUCUGUAUGACAUAGUCAGCUAGGAAAUCCUGUUUAUGCUAGUGUGUUCUGGGUGGUUGCUAAGGUAUUCUGGGUAGUUACUAGGUGGGUGCCUCAUCCGUUAGAUUAAAAUUAUACAUUUAAUUACUUCAUAAAAUAAUAGCACACUUCUCCGCAUGAUUUGAGCUAUCAUUUAAGUCUGUAGCACAAGUUAAACACUGAAAUGUUUGGGUUGUUUAAAUCAAUUACAGUAGUGAUGCUGGAUUAACUUGUAGAUGUAACACACACUCUCUCGAUAUUACAAACACACUGAUCUGUAAAUCAUAUCUGUGUGUUGUGUUAAUAUUUUGUGUAGGUGUAUUUAAAGGGUGUUUUAGUGAAAAUACACAAUGAUCACAACUGUCAUGAAAUAUUUCUUGAGCUCUGCUGUCUGUGGAAUAUGAGUAUAACGCCGGAAGACACAGUAAAGCUGAGAAAUACUGUGAGAGAAUUCUGGAAAUGUCUUUUUUCCUGAAUAGCAGCGUCAACUGGCUGGUUAUCUGUUUGCAUGUAUACGUGAGGAAAUUGCUGUAAUAUUUUGUGGCUGCUAUGAGUAAAAAUGGUU